AUGGACAAGGAAUGGAUAUUUUUAGAUAAAAACACUGCAGAAUAUGAGGCCGGGCUGAAUGCAUUCGUCAAUUAUGCCUUAGAGCAUGCUUCUUUUGAAAGUACAAUCAAAUGUCCUUGUAAAAGGUGUCAUAAUGGCUACAAUAGAUUGCCUUCUGUUGUUCAGCAGCAUCUUAUGGUGGAUGGAAUGGAUCCGAAAUAUGUGAACAUCCCUUGGACCGACCAUGGUGAGCAUUUACCAGAUGUAGUUGGUCCUAACUUGCCAGGAACUUCCUCAUAUCAACAAGAUUUGAAUUUGCCCGGAUCUUCACAUCAAGUAGAUUCUAAUAUGCAAGAUAUGUUGCACGAUGCAUUCGGCAUGUACGAAGCUGAAGAUGAUGCUGAAGAGGAGUUGUUAGAACCAGCAGCGGCCACUGAAGGUCCAUCCUUGCCAAACGGCCAUACCCCCGAUGCACAAAAAUUCUACGAACUUUUGAAAAAGGCUGAUACUGAUUUAUACCCCGGUGCAGGAAAAAAGAUGUUUGAUUUCUUGAUAAAGCUAUAUCAAAUAAGAGCAUUGAACAGUUGGAGUGAUGCAUCGUUCACCCAAUUGCUUGAAUUGUUAAAGGCUUAUUUGCCUCCCGGGGAAACGCUUCCUGGUUCCUUUUAUUUAACAAAAAAGUUCAUUAAAAGUCUUGGGCUGACAUACAAGAAAAUCGACGCGUGUCCUAAUGAUUGCAUGUUAUAUCGGAAGCUUCGUGUUAGAGACCGAACUUGUUAUAAAUGUGGCGCUAGUCGGUACAAAGAGGAAGAGGACACAUGCCCCACAAACACAAGCUCCAAGAAGCCGGUACCAGUUAAGGUUUUGCGUUACUUUCCAUUAGUGCCAAGACUUCAAAGAUUGUUCAUGUCUCGCCACACCUCUGAAUUUAUGGUUUGGCAUUCUGAUCCUGAAAAGAGACCACGAGAUGGGGUUCUACGUCAUCCAGCCGAUUCUCUUGCUUGGAAAGAAUUAGAUAAAAUUGACAAUAAUUUUAGCUCCGAUGGUCGAAAUGUUCGUUUGGGUCUAGCUAGUGACGGAUUCAACCCUUCCGGUAUGAUGAGUUUGUCCCACAGUACUUGGCCUGUUAUCAUUACUGUUUACAAUCUCCCUCCUUGGUUAUGCAUGAAAAAGUCAUACAUGAUGUUGUCGUUGCUCAUCCCAGGCCCUAAAACUCCUGGAAACGAUAUAGAUGUGUAUCUGGAACCUUUGAUAGAUGAAUUGAAAUUGCUAUGGACAUAA